AUGGAUAGUCACCCGGAAGCGAGCGCAGAGCUUGCAGAGAACAUUUUGGGCAUCGUCGUCACAGCCCCAUCCUCGCCAGAGCACAAGACCGUGUCGCCCAAUGGACCCUCAGUCGAGUACGGCGACUCUUUCGAACUCACCUUUCUCCCGCUAGACUCUCUCUCCGUCCCAGUUAUGAGCAAAUCCGUCUCCACCCCGCGUCUCACACCAUUCGAAGAGGCUAUGGCGAACGCCGCGCUGCCCGAGCCAGGUCCCGCAUACUUUACUGCUCGGCAGGCCAUCUGGAGGGUACCGCGUAGUGUGCAGCCUUCACAGUCAAGGCCGGAGCCAAGACGGUCGAAAGGAUUGCAGUCUAUUUUACAGGAAGAGGGUCCACUAGACAAGCAGGAAUACUGGGAGAGUGGUUUAGACAAGAUCUGGAAAGGUCUCAUAGGAGGACAGAGGCUCAAGGAGAGACUGCCCCUCCGUGAUCUCAUCAAGAUAUUACAGGCAGGCUGGAUACGUGACGGUACUUGGCCUAAAGACCAGGUUGUUCGCGAGCCAGAAGACGAACUUAAACUAGACUCUACCUCCGCCCUCACGACCGCGGCGACAUCACGCGUUGCGACCCCGCCCGUUACUUCUAUUGCACCACGAGAAGAGAGUGGUGCAGCAUAGCUGCAUUGGCCAGCGCCACGGUCGUUUCCCCCUCAUUAAAUCAUCCGGAAACUACAAUUUAUUAUCUGAACAUGCACAGUCGGCGGGUGCUUAUAUCCGCUCUGGGCGUGCGGUGAAAUAGAGCUCCCUUUUGGUGACACACUUGCUUGAUCAGACAAUGCGCAACGAACUUGUAUCAUAGACACAUACAGGUACGGUAGACACUACUAAUUGUGCAUACGUUGUGUCCCUCUCUGUGUCCCUCUGUGUCCUACAAUCUUUACACUUGGCUCCGCAAAAGCUCAC